GGGGAAGACUCGCCGGCUGCUCUCCUGUGCCAGAGACGGCUGCAGCCCGUGCACGGCCACGCCUGCUGCUUCUCGUGUCUGCCGCCUCCAGCCUCGUCUCUCCGUGUUGCCUCCGGCCUCCGUCCUCGAUCCUCGGCCGUCUUCGCCGCCGAGAGGGGGUCCCCGCGCCCGCGAAGAAGCAGCUCGCGGACUGAUCCGGCCGUCGCCGCCUCUACAAUUUUGGGACAGUCUCUUCCUCCGGGGGCGUCAGCAUCCUCAUCUGCAAACAGCAGCUCCUCGCCGGCCUGAAGGCCGGGCUCCGACCGCUAACGCCCAGUCGACUUCUGGAGCAGCAGCUAGCUCCUGGCGACCCAGGCUGCGGGCGGAGGCGGCCACGCCCCACGACUGCACCGCGGCAUCGUCUCCGGCCCGGCGGCUCCUGCCUUCGCGACCCGCACUCGGUCCUCGACCUCGCUCCUCGUCUUUGCUGGGACGCGACCCCCUGUCUGCAGGCGAAGGACCUCGGCCUCGGAACCUCACCGGAGACGCAAGAUGGCGGCUGCUGCGUGACUGACUGACUGAGCAUCCCGAGGCUUCGCUCCAAGGACGCGUAGACGGACUUAGGGGAGUACUUUGGGGGGCAGGGAGGAAGGGUGAGAGCAGGACUCUGGUCUUUUGUUAAUUGUGACUGCGUGAAGCUUGCCUCCCUCGGGUUUUUUGCGGGGAGGCUCCGGUAUUGUCUGAGCCCUAGAGCAGAGUGAGCCACGGUAAUCGAAUCAGUACUUGUAGAAUCGGCGCCAUUUGAUAGGUGGGAAAAUGGCGAUGACUCUGUUGGAAGACUGGUGCAGGGGGAUGGAUGUGAACUCCCAGAGAGCCCUGCUGGUCUGGGGGAUCCCAGUGAACUGUGAUGAGGCUGAAAUCGAAGAGACCCUCCGGGCUGCGAUGCCCCAGGUGCCUUAUCGAGUGCUUGGGAGAAUGUUCUGGAGGGAAGAGAACGCGAAAGCAGCCUUGUUAGAGCUCACUGGCGCUGUCGAUUACGCCGCCAUCCCUAGGGAGAUGCCGGGCAAGGGAGGGGUCUGGAAAGUGGUCUUUAAGCCCCCGACUUCCGAUGCUGAAUUUUUAGAAAGAUUGCACCUCUUCCUAGCGAGAGAAGGGUGGACCGUGCAAGAUGUCGCCCGAGUCCUUGGGUUUCACAACCCCGCUCCGGCCCCAGGCCCAGAAAUGCCAGCAGAGAUGCUAAACUAUAUUUUGGAUAAUGUUAUUCAGCCUCUUGUUGAAUCCAUAUGGUACAAGAAGCUGACGCUGUUCUUGGGGCGGGACAUCCCGGGGCCUGGGGAGGAGGCCUUUGAUCACUGGCUGGAGCACACUAAUGAGGUCAUGGAGGAGUGGCAGGUGUCCGAUCUAGAAAAGAGGCGGCGGUUGGUGGAGAGUCUUAGAGGCCCCGCCGCGGAUGUCAUUCGCAUCCUCAAGACCAAUAACCCUGCGAUAACCUCCGCAGAGUGCCUGAAGGCGCUGGAGCAGGUGUUUGGGAGCGUCGAGAGCUCCAGGGAUGCCCAGGUCAGAUUUCUGAACACUUACCAGAACCCGGGAGAAAAGUUGUCUGCUUAUGUCAUUCGUCUGGAGCCUCUGCUACAGAAAGUGGUGGAGAAGGGGGCCAUAGAUAAAGAUAACGUGAACCAGGCCCGCCUCGAGCAGGUCAUUGCGGGGGCCAACCACAGCGGGGCCAUCCGGAGGCAGCUGUGGCUGACCGGGGCAGCCGAGGGGCCGGCCCCGAACCUCUUCCAGCUGCUGGUGCAGAUCCGCGAGGAGGAGGCCAAGGAGGAGGAGGAGGAGGCCGAGGCCGCCCUCCUGCAGUUAGGCCUGGAGGGGCACUUCUGAGCUUCGGGAAGCGGAGGGGCUUUAGUGCAGACCUAGAUCACAGCAGCAUUCCGUUGUCUGUGUCGUCGUAUAGGUGUGUCUCUGAUUAGUAAGAGUCAUGUUCCGUUUUUUGGGGGGAAGUUAGGCCUACUUAUUCGUGUAACAUUCGUAAAAUCGUGCGGGUGAACACCGGGAGCUGCUACAAUAGCGUCCAGCUGACCGAAAUGCCAGGUAAAAGCUUGGACACAACGUUCUCAGUGUAAGCUGUCAUCGCGCCAUCAUCGUCAGUUGUGAAAAACAAAAUCUGUGACACUUCCCAUUGAGGUAAUUACAUGAGGAAUUGCAUGUUCAGACGUUUAGUGCAGGGCCUGGUUCAUGGGAACGUGCUCGGUAAAAAUGUGAAAACUGUUAAUGUAAUAUCGUGGGUAGUUUUUGUGUUUAAAUCGUUGCUGAUUUAUAUUAAUGGAAGGAAAUGAGAAUUUGUUGAUAUUACUAGCAAUUCAACUUUAAAAUGCAAAUUUUUCUGUUUCUCAUCUGGGUCAGUUUAAUUGAAAAGUAUUCUAAGACUACAACAUGGAGUAUUAGAAAAAUACUGUAAUUAUAAAGUGCUGUGUAAAUCAGUGUUUCACUGUACAAGAAACAGAAAUCGUAUGGGGAGGUUGAUACGAACCUGUUAAAGUAAUCCAUUUCCCCAGUUCAAAUCCUUGUCAUCGAAUAGUAGGUCUCCUUGUUCAUGCUAGUUCUAAGUGUUCUAAAUUUGAAGUUAUCAAAUAGAUGUAUACUAAUAAAAAUAUUUUAAAAAUUCUAAUUGUCUUCUAGUUUUUUUUCUGUAUAAAAAUUUUCUGUAUAAUUAAGCUCUGUGUCCUGUUGUUAGGACUUUCCACGUGUCAUUUAUCUUUUUAAGUUUUAUAUUAUGAGUUCAAAUGUAAUUUAAUGUAUUCAAUUUUUACAUGUUUUUUCAAGGCAAAUAUUAGAAGACGAAAUAGGUGUAAGUAAAAUAGUGACUUACUACAAAAUGUUAGGAAAUUCUGAGAUGGGGUUUAGGGAGGUUAUCUGGUAAUGCUUUGUAUCCUUUUAAAAUCUUUUCAGCUGAACAUUUUUGUUUUACUGAAGAAAUAACUUUACACGGGUAUAAAAUGAUUGUUGCAAUUUCAUAGCAGCUGUUUUAUAUCAAGAGCUUAAAAAAGGAAAAUAUGACUUAAAAACACGUUUAUUUGGCUGCAGAGAUUCAGUGACCGAAGGUGUCCAUCUUGUGAGAUCCUUAUUAUGUCCAGAAGUGAUUACAUGAAGAAUUCAGUGGGUUGUUUUCCUAAUAGCAAGGUUUUUAAAUUAUAGCAGAUUCACGUAUCAUAAAGUACAAAACUUAUAUAUAAAAGCUAGUAUUAGCAUAUGUUCUUCCAGAUUUUUCUGUACUCAUGUCCUCACUUCCUAUAUCAUGCAUGUACCUCCUUGUCACACUCUCCUCCCCACCCAGAUAUGCAUAUCCUCACUUUCCCCCCAAAUACUUGCAUGUCCGCACCCAUCGUAGAUGUACAUACCUUCCCCCUCCACUUGUGUGCAUACAUGUUCUUCCCACCUCUCCCAUCCUCACACAGACUCCCACAUCGUCCUCAGUAUUCCAUCAUAAACACAUUCCAUCUUCCCACACCUAUGCUGCACCACAUGUACCACACACAUACAGUGC